ACAAGCCCUUGUAUACUCUUACAAUGGCUCUGACGAGAAGAGGAGCUUCCGUCUACCUCAUUUUGUUCUCUUUGGCCUUGUUGUCUUGGGGCAGUGUCCAAGGGCACCCCAAUUACAGAGAUGCCCUACAAAAGUCCCUUUUGUUCUUCCAAGGCCAGAGGUCAGGGAGGCUCCCCACAACACAGCAAGUCUCUUGGAGGUCCAGUUCCGGCCUGUCCGAUGGUUCACAAGCCCAUGUGGAUUUAACCGGAGGCUACUAUGACGCCGGAGACAACGUAAAAUUCAACUUUCCGAUGGCCUACUCCACCACGAUGCUAUCAUGGGCCACGCUCGAGCACGGCAAGAAGAUGGGCCCCGAGUUGCCAAAUGCAAGGGCUGCGAUCCGUUGGGCCACGGACUAUCUUCUAAAAUGUGCCACGGCCACACCGGGUAGGCUCUAUGUGGGCGUUGGUGACCCAAAUGCUGAUCACAAGUGUUGGGAGCGGCCUGAGGACAUGGACACGGUCCGGUCCGUCUAUUCGGUGUCUCCGUCCAACCCCGGGUCUGAUGUUGCCGGGGAAACUGCCGCAGCAUUGGCGGCAGCUUCUUUGGUUUUCCGAUCUGCCGAUCCAGUAUACUCCAAAUUGCUCCUGAGAACUGCAAAGAAAGUAAUGCAGUUUGCAAUGCAGUAUAAAGGUUCUUAUAGUGACUCACUUGGCUCUGCAGUUUGCCCAUUCUAUUGCUCAUAUUCUGGAUAUCAGGAUGAGUUGUUGUGGGGAGCAACGUGGCUAUUUAGAGCGACAAAUGAUGUUUCUUACUUCAAUUUCAUAAAAUCUUUGGGAGCUAACGAUGCCACAGACAUUUUUAGCUGGGACAACAAAUAUGCUGGUGCUUUUGUUCUCCUAUCAAGGAGAGCCUUGCUAGGCAAAGACAAUGCUUUCCAGCCAUUCCAACAAGAAGCCGAGGCUUUCAUGUGCAGAAUUCUACCCAACUCCCCUUCAACAAGUACACAGUAUACACCAGGAGGGUUGAUGUACAAGUUAAGUGCAAGUAACCUUCAAUAUGUGACCUCCAUAACCUUCUUGCUUACCACAUACGGCAAAUACAUGACGGCCACAAAGCACACCUUUAACUGUGGUAAUGUUUUGGUCACUGCAAGUGACCUGCGAAACCUUGCAAAGAGACAGGUGGACUACAUUUUGGGGGAGAACCCAUUGAAAAUGUCCUACAUGGUAGGGUUUGGAGCUGAUUAUCCGAAGAGAAUUCACCACAGGGGAUCCUCCUUGCCAUCAGUGGCAAGCCAUCCACUAUCCAUCGGUUGCGAGGGAGGUUUCCAACCAUUCUACUAUUCAUCAAACCCUAACCCUAAUAUAUUAACCGGAGCCAUCGUGGGGGGACCCAAUCAGAAUGACUUCUUCCCCGACGAUCGAACUGACUACAGUCACUCCGAGCCGGCCACAUACAUUAAUGCUGCCGUGGUUGGACCUUUAGCCUAUUUUACUGGGAGAUACACCGGUUGAUGGGAUAGCUCAUAAUUUAUAUUCACAGUGUUGUAAAUAUUAUUUCUCUACGUGUUCAGGCAUGUGGUUUAGUGGUAUUUUCUCUCCUUUCAAAGUGAAAGGUAGAGUGU